UUGGGAACGCUCAACCCCUGUCCGUCCCGCCGGUGGGCCGGCCCUUCGGGCGACGCGAUCAUCGCGCCUGACGGGUCCAAGGUCCAGCUUGUGCUGACCGACGAACACGGCGCAACCCGCUGUAGCGUGGUGGAGGUCACCAUUGAGCGCGGGGAGACCAGCCGUCCGGUGCGUCACCGCACCGUGGAGGAAGCCUGGUACGUGCUGUCCGGGGCUGGGGAGGUCUGGCGAUGCCCUCCGGGAAUAGCGGCUGUGGAGGUCUCGCCGGUGCCGGUCGUUUCCGGCGACGCGCUGGUGAUCCCGACGGGUUGGGGGUUCCAGUUUCGAGCCUGCGCCGGCUCUGAUUUGCGAUUUGUCUGCGUGACCAUGCCGGCAUGGCCGGGCAUGGAUGAAGCGGUGGACUUACCGAAAGGAGGACUGGGGGAGCCUACGCUGGCUCCGCCUGAAGCUAACCCUGGCGUCGGACCUCAAUAG